UCCGGAGUUUGUGCGCCUGCAGCCCGCAGAGGGAGGAGCAGCGAGCCGCCAACUUUCCUCUCUGUGCGGGAGGGAGGAGGACCGCAGCCGGACCUGAACGCUCCCGCCCGGCUCGGCUCGGCUCGGCUCGGCACGACUCGGCUCGGAGAGAGAGCGACAGCAAACUCGAUCCAGAAGAGUCCCGUGGAAACGUCGCGUCAGACGGACUUUGUUGCUCCGGCUGAACUCCUCGGUGUUAUUUUGAGUUUCCCGGAGCGGCGGGACUCUGAAACUGCAGUUACAUAAAUGACAUAAACGACAUAAAUCUUAAAUUACAGGCUGGGACUCCGCGGACUCGGUGCGUCAGAAGGACUUUUCGCUGCGCGUAAAUGUUGGAAUAAAGCGCCGACUUUCCAAACCAGCUGGACGCACAUGGAUCCCGCAGAUUCCGGACUGAUUUGGGUCUGAUUUUGUCAAAAUGAAAGUUUUCGACACUUUGUUCUGCUGGCGGCGGAUGGAUUUAAAGAAUUUAAACGCCAAAGCGACGCCGUGAUUCAGUGAAACCUCGAGGGUUUUUCUCCCCCAAAUGAAGAACACAUUUUUUCUUGCAGUGCCGCUGAAUAAAAUGGAUUAUAAUGGAAACCGGGAGACAAGUUUACCGCGCCAGAGCAGGAGAGACGAGCCGCAGCUGAACAAAAACCGAUGAUUAUUGAUUAUCGAUCCCGUCCGCGGAUAAACAAACAAACAGACAGACGAACAAACAAACAAAAAACAGAACAAAAUCGUGCUAAAUUUCUCGACUCCGCGCGUCUCCUGUGGCCGCAUCCAUAUGCUCCAGCCAGCGGGAAUGCGCCUUCCCGUCCAUAGCGAAGUGGAGAAGAGAAGCGGCCGUGUGUGAAUGUGCUGGGCAGCUCCGCGCCCGGACAGCAGAACCCCGAAGUGAAGCGGCCCGGCCCGGCAUGGACAGAAAGAGUGCGCCGCAGCGGAUGGAGCGCACGGUGCUGCUGCUCGCCCUGCUGGUCCGGCUCUGCCUGGCGGACGACAAGCUCAUCUCCGACCGGUACGCGGUGUACUGGAACAGCUCCAACCCCAGGUUCCUGCGUGGUGAGUACACGGUGGAAGUGGCCAUCAACGACUACCUGGACAUCUACUGCCCUCACUACGAGGCGGCGUUGGCGGCGGAGCGCAUGGAGCGCUACGUGCUCUUCAUGGUGAACUACGACGGCUACACCUCCUGCGACCACCGCAUGAAGGGCUUCAAGCGCUGGGAGUGCAACCGGCCCCUGAGCCCCAACGGGCCCCUCAAGUUCUCCGAGAAGUUCCAGCUCUUCACCCCCUUCAGCCUGGGCUUCGAGUUCCGGCCCGGCCACGAGUACUACUACAUCUCAUCUCCACAUCCUAACCUGGCUGGGAAACCCUGUCUGAAGCUCAAGGUCUACGUCAAGCCCACCAAUGACUCGGUGUAUGAGUCUCCUGAACCCUUCCUGACAGACGACAGCACCGGAGGCUGCAGCUGUCUCCUGCCCUGCUGCGUCUCCCUGCUGUCGGCCAUGCUGCUCGCCCUCCUGCUCGCCUCCUCAUAGCACCUCCUCCUCCUCCUCCUCCUCCUCCUCCUCCUGGCCGUCUGUCCUUUUCCUCCUCUUCUUUUUCCUCCUUGUCCCUGUCCUCCUCCCGCUGUCCCAUCAGGCUGAACUGAGGUCCGUCCGUCCCUCCUGUCCUGACCUUUGACCUCUGUCCACGCCCGUCGCCCGACCCGACGCCGCCUCCUCUCCACGCCUCCUGGCUGGGACUCUCCUCGCCGGCCGCAGGAAACUCCACAAACCAAACGGAGCAGGAGGCGACUUCCUGUGGCGGCGUCGCAUCGGCGGCGCACGACUUCCUGCUGUCAGCCGAGACGAAGACGCCAGCAGCCGCCGGCGACGCCCACCCAGCGGCACCACUGCUCGCUCUCUCUCUCUCUCUCUCUCUCUCUCUCUCUCUCUCUGUCUGUCUCUCGCCCAGUUCCCCACACCUCCACCACUUUAGCGGUAGCACUCUAGAUCCACAGACGAGGGCCUUUCAUUUCUGUAAAUUGCCAAAGACUCUUGUUAAAUUUUUCUAUGGU